CCCCCGAGGUGUGGUGUGCAUCCCAGGAGAUGAACUGUUGGGAGGAGGGUGUGGGGGAACGUUGGGCGCUCCUCGUGGGGUGCCGUCACGUGAUCCGGGACGAGGUGGAGUUCGGCUUUAAGGGGGCGUCUCUUCCUAUCUUCCUCAAUCUUUAGGAUUUGAGCAGGAGAAAUACCGACGGAUCUUUCGUCCCUUCUUUACACCCUUCCCUCUUUAAUACAGGGGAAAAGACGUUUCAACGAAGAGUAUUCAGUUCAAAGGAAUGAAGAAUUUAGAAUAAUUUUGGUAAAUGAAUUCCAAUAUAUGGCAUAAGCUGGUUUGACCCAUUGAGAAGAAAUAUAAAGUCCGCUUGUCUAAUCUGUGGCAGCAAAAGCAGAGAAAAUGAAUUCAACACUAGUCUCUCAGAUUGAAAAUCAGUCAGUUCACUACAACAUCACAGAGAAUUCUCCGCUUCUCGCAUUCGAAGACGAUGACUGUCACCUGCCCUUGGCUGUGAUAUUUACCUUGGCUCUCGCUUACGGGGCUGUGAUCAUUCUUGGGGUCUCUGGAAACCUGGCUCUGAUUAUCAUCAUCCUGAAACAGAAAGAGAUGAGAAACGUCACCAACAUCCUGAUCGUGAACCUUUCCUUCUCAGAUUUGUUGGUGGCCAUCAUGUGUCUCCCUUUCACUUUUGUCUACACGCUGAUGGACCACUGGGUCUUCGGUGAGACCAUGUGCAAACUCAAUCCUUUUGUGCAAUGUGUCUCCAUCACAGUGUCCAUUUUCUCUCUGGUUCUCAUAGCUGUGGAACGGCAUCAGCUGAUCAUUAACCCUAGAGGAUGGAGACCAAAUAACAGACACGCUUACAUAGGUAUCGCGGUCAUUUGGGUCCUGGCUGUGGCUUCCUCUCUGCCCUUCCUGAUCUAUCAGGUAUUGACUGAUGAGCCCUUCCAAAACGUAACACUCGCUGCAUUCAAGGACAAGUACGUAUGCUUUGAUAAAUUCCCAUCAGACUCUCACAGGCUGUCUUACACAACUCUCCUCCUGGUGCUACAGUAUUUCGGGCCACUCUGCUUCAUAUUUAUAGGCUACUUCAAGAUAUACAUUCGUUUGAAAAGGAGAAACAACAUGAUGGAGAAGAUGAGAGACAACAAGUACAGGUCCAGUGAGACCAAACGGAUCAACAUCAUGCUGCUCUCCAUUGUGGUUGCCUUUGCCGUCUGCUGGCUGCCUCUCACCAUCUUCAACACUGUGUUUGACUGGAACCACCAGAUCAUCGCCACCUGCAACCACAACCUCCUCUUCUUGCUCUGCCACCUCACUGCCAUGCUAUCCACCUGUGUCAACCCCAUCUUUUAUGGAUUCCUGAACAAAAACUUCCAGAGAGACUUGCAGUUCUUCUUCAACUUUUGUGAUUUCCGGUCUCGAGAUGAUGAUUACGAGACCAUAGCCAUGUCUACGAUGCAUACAGAUGUUUCCAAGACUUCUUUGAAGCAAGCAAGCCCAGUCGCAUUUAAAAAAAUCAAUAAUGAUGACAAUGAAAAAAUCUGAAACCACUUGGGGCAUAUGGUUCCAGAUGAGAUCUGUGGAAAAGCAAGCACAACCUGCCACAUGUUUUUAUCACCUGUUCUCCCAGGGAAUGGAUUGAAAUCACCUGGGGGAAGACCAGGACUUUCUUAAGUAGCAUUUUACUGUUUGCCAUGAUGACUUGGAAUAUCUUGACAUGAUAUUGGAUCAAAAUGCUUGGGCUUGAAGUCUUCUAGUAAUCAUUUUGACCAGAUUUCCUUUUGGUGAAGUUAUGCAUAUGGCAUAAAGAUAAUUUUACACUAUCCUGUCAGCAUGAAAUUCUCUGAAGCACUGCAUGAGCUGACAUCAAAAGCAGAAGCUACCUGAUAUUCUCAAGCUAUGUGGCCUUCGAGAUUAGAUGAGAUUGCCAACAGACUGGACCAGCUUCGUUUAGUCUGUUACAAGGGUAACAGCAAGAAAGUCACCUUUCAGAAUAUUCUGGAGUCAAAAGAGAGACUGAAGUCAUUCAGCAAUGACUUUUUCUUAUUUAAACAGAGGACUUAAUUUGUUCCUCCUAAUUGAGUAUCACUUAAGAAAAAGAUGCAAAAAGAAUGCAUUUUCAGCUCUGAAUAUCAUAGGGAGUUAGGCCACCCACAAGAAUUAAGUGACAAGGCAGUUCCCUAAUUUCAGAUCUUUCCCUGUACCUGACAACCAAAGCAUUUUAGCAUAAUUAGCUUAAUAAGUAAGUUAGUUCUGCUGCAGAUAGUUAAAUCACAUACAUUGGAAUUGAUGGUCAAAAGGUUUUCUAUCCUUCAUAAGACCAUUCAGUGCUUGUCAAGCUUUCUGGCACAAACAUGUAACCCUUGGAGCAUUUCAAGCUUAUACUAUGUAGAAACAUAAAAUGUAUUUUCUAUACAGCAGUGCCUAUAUAGCAACUUUUAAACUCUCACUGUCUCUCUUUUGUGGCAGAGGACACAAGGACAAUGUUAAAGAAUGUUCAUUCCAAAUAGCAGGGAUCUGUACCUAAAAAUUUCAUAUAGCCAGCCAAUCUUAACUUGUACAAACAAUGUGACCUUUGGAGUUUUAUUAAUCUUACACUAUUAUAGAGUGAUGAGCAGUCAAGUCAUGCUAAGAUAUUUAAUUUCACGUAUCUUGUAAUGAUUGAGCCUCAGAAAAGAUAUUUUGGAGAACAAAGCUGUUUUAUUGUAUUAUAUGAAAUGUUAAGUGUGUUUGAUUUUAGGAGG